AUGAACGAAAAUUUAUUUGCCCCUUUUAUAAUCCCAGUAAUAUUAGGUAUUCCUAUUACCACUCUAAUCAUUAUUCUCCCAUCUAUCUUAUUCCCCGCACCAAAUCGACUAAUCAACAACCGUACAAUCUCCAUCCAACAAUGAUUAACUAAACUCACAUCAAAACAACUAAUAAGUGUACACAGUCCUAAAGGACAAACUUGAUCUCUAAUACUCAUCUCACUGUUCCUAUUUAUUGCCUCCACUAAUCUCCUUGGAAUAUUACCUCACUCAUUCACACCCACUACACAACUCUCAAUAAAUGUAGGAAUGGCUAUCCCCCUAUGAGCCGGUACUGUUGCCACAGGCUUCCGUAACAAAACAAAAAUAUCCUUAGCACACUUACUACCACAAGGCACACCUACUUUUCUUAUUCCUAUGCUAGUAAUUAUCGAAACCAUUAGUCUAUUCAUUCAACCAGUAGCACUAGCCGUACGACUAACUGCCAACAUCACAGCAGGUCACUUACUAAUACAUCUAAUUGGAGAAACAACCCUUGUACUAAUAAGUACCAGCCUAUUUACAGCCAUUAUCACUUUCACUAUCCUUGCUCUACUAACCAUUCUUGAAUUUCGUGUCGCCCUCAUUCAAGCUUACGUAUUCACCCUCCUAGUAAGCCUAUACCUUCAUGAUAACACAUAA